CGGGGCACGUUGCCAAGACAGGAAGAACGCACGAGAAAAGGCGUUGUUUGGUCAGGCCGGGCAGCCUCGUGCCGGCCUAAAUUCGAAGCAGCUAGGCGUUGGCCAAAGGGAAUGGACGAUCUGAAGAAGCGCAAGAUCGAAGGGGAGGCGGUGGUGGACAUGUAUCCCGUUGGCAGUGCAGACUCCCCCGAGGAGCUGCGGCUCCUCCUUGAACCCCUCAAGAAGGAGCAGCUCGUUGAUCUGUUAAUCAAGUUUGGGUCCCAAAAUCCUUCAGUUGCAGAGGGCAUUAGAAGUGCUGCAAGUGCAGAUCCUGUUCACAGAAAGCUUUUUGUGCGUGGAUUGGCAUGGGAAACUACUUCGGAAACCUUGUGUGCUGCUUUUGGAGUACAUGGGGAAAUCGAAGAAGGAGCUGUUAUCAUAGACAAGGCUACUGGAAAAUCGCGAGGAUAUGGAUUUAUUACGUAUCGUGAUAUGGAAUCAGCUCAGAGGGCAUUGAGAGAGCCUAGCAAAUUGAUAGAUGGCCGCAUGGCGGUUUGCAACCUAGCAUGUGAAGGUUUAAAUAGUGGCUCUGCACCAGUUGAUCAAGCACAAAGAAAGCUGUACAUUGGAGGCUUAUCUCUGGAAACCACAAGUGAAACAUUACUAAAUUUUUUUGCCAGGCAUGGGGACAUAGAAGAAGGUUCCGUUGCCUAUGAUAAAGAGACCAAUAAAUCACGUGGGUUUGGUUUCAUUACAUACAAGACAGCAGAAGCUGCUAAAAAGGCCAUUGAUGACCCAAAUAAGAUUCUCGAUGGGAAACUCAUCACUGUGAAGUUUGCAGACAGUCAGAAGAACAAGUUCGGCCCCACACAACUACCCGCAGCUAUGGUUCCAGUUGCUAUUUCAUUCCCUGCUGGGUACACAAAACCUGGGACAACUCAUGUUAUUGGCACUGCACCCAUUGGAUAUGCUGCGUACCAACAGCCUCAGCCUGUAGCUUCCUUUCCCACAAAUUAUGCUAAUACUGCAACGGAUUACUCGCAAGUAUCACAAGUUGCAUAUGCGUCAAUGGCUGGAAAAGGCACACAAUUCACGUUGCCUGCUGUAACGUCACCAGGAGUUGGUUCUUAUCACUUCUAUGCAGGAAAGCACUGACGACAAAUUGUUUUCUUACCAUCAUCUUGCAGACCGUGCCAAGGAGUUCUGGUUAAUUCUGGGACCAAAUUCAGGGAAAGGCGGUCAGCAACCCUGAUACCAGGAAGCAGAAGCUGUAAAUCAUGAGUUAAAUUUUUUCUUGCACGACGGUUGAUUCUGAAGCUGAGUUGUGAACGUGCAUGAUAAAGUGUUCUUUUGUGGGGGGUGCCAUGGGAGGCUUUUGUGAAACUUUGAUUGCCUAUGGGUAGACUAGAAAGUUGCCUUGUUAUAAGGGUUCGAUAUUCCAUCCAACCCUUUAUUCAAUGAUGUAAGGAAAUGCCGAUGAUUGAGGUGAUUAUCAUGUUUGUUUUGUUUUGCUUCGGAAUUCAACAGUGAAUCUGAAUUUUUAUUUGUUUCUAAAAGGAAUUUUCUUC